GGACACAUAUUAGUUUGGCUGUGUUGACAUGGCCUGCAGCGCCAACGCCGAGCUGAAAUCCCAGAGCUUGAGAACGGCUACUCUCCCUAAACCAGAGAACAAAACAGACCCGGAUGGAUCUACCUCCCACGAUGAAGCCCCAGAGCCUGACAUGCUCCCUGAUGUUAGCCUAUGGGUGGAAGGGGAGAGCUUUUUUGUCAGCCGACACCAUCUGGCUCUCCAGAGUCCUUACUUCAGGGCCCUGUUUUUUGGCUACGGACUGGAGAGCAAAAAAAGACAAGUGGAGAUCAAAGGGGUGAAUCUGCAGUAUUUUAAGGUCUUGAUCGAGUACAGCAAGAACCGCAGACUUGCUCUGAACAGAGAAAAUGUUCUGGGAAUCCUUGAGACUGCAGACUUCUUACAGCUGGAGCGACCCAGGCUGAUGUGCUGCAAGUUCCUCGAGCGCGAGCUCCACCUCAGCAACUGCCUGGAAAUGAUGGCCUACGCCUGGCAGCUUGGCUGCACUCAUCUGCACACUGCGGCACGACAGGUGGCGCUCACACACUUCUCUGCAGUUUUAACCCAAGAAGACUUCCUACGCCUCUCCAAGGAGACAGUAGCAGACCUUCUUGCCAGUGAUGAUCUGGCUAUCUUCAAAGAUGAUCUGGCCCUGGAGGCAACGCUGCGCUGGGUGUCGUCUGACCCUAAUCGAGAGGAACAUUUCCUCGAGCUCGUUGAGCUGGUGAGGCCGGAGUCUCUCUCUUUACCCUUUCUCGCUAAACUUUUGACCACAGUGAAAAGCUCGGACCCCAGAGCCAGGCUCAUCAGCAAGCUCAACCAACAUUUCCCUGCUUCUUGGUGUGUGGGAAGGUCAAUGAGGAGAACCAGAGCCAGAGAAACUUUGUAUGUCCUGGGCGGACCUCACGAUAAGGAGGAACAGGCGCUGUUUCAGUUUCACCCUCAGAGUGGUAGAUGGCAGAGCUGCUCGCCUCUGCAGAGAAAGAACCUAACUCAGUACUCUGUGGCAGCAGUGGGCGACAAUGUGGUCGUGACAGGAGGCUACUUCAGAGACGUGCUGUGGUUCAGUGUGGACUGGGUCAGGAUGUACGAAUGUGCCAACCACCGCUGGCUGGAUGGUCCGGCCAUGCAGAAGUCCAGACACAGUCACUGCUCCAUCGGGCUGGAUUCAGCUCUGUACGUCCUAGGCGGCAGUAUGGAUGAAGGCCUCCUGGCUGACGUAGAGAAGCUGGUCCUGGGGUCAGGGGAGGGCUGGGAGGGGCUGAGCCCCAUGGUCCAGGCAGUAGAGAGGGCAGCGAUUGCUGCUCUGGGAAUGUGUAUUUAUGUCGCAUGUGGCCUGGAUGAAAAUGGGGAUGUGUAUGCAGGAAUUCAGAGAUACGUGGUGAAGGAGGACCAGUGGGAUGUGGUUUCCUAUUCUCCGUUUCCACGGUAUGACCUGGUUGCCGCUGAGCUCAACGGUGCCCUGUACCUGUUUGGGGGCCAAGCCCUGCGUUUCGAUGAGGAGACGGAUGAAUGGACGGUGCUCGAAGAAGAAACGUUGGGGAGAAAGUUUUUUUGCGGCUGCACCAACGUCAGUGGCCAGAUCUACUUAGUCAGCGAGAGGAAAAGCAACAAAGCGUUCCCCAACAUGGUGCUGUUGGACCCGUACAUAGACACCUGCAUUCAGAUAGACGAUGCCGUACCCUGUCCUAUGCCGCUUAGAGGAUGUGUCACCAUGAGGAUGGUCACAUGAUAUAAUAUUGUUAAACAAAAUGCAACGUUGUUUUCUGAAGCCUUUAUUUUGUAAAACUGAACCGUAACUGGCUUAUAUUACAGAGCCUUUCAAAAACAUACACUACACCUGAACAUUUUGUCACAUUUUUACAACUCUCCAAAACUUUGAAAGGGAAAUUAUAUCUAAAAUCUGAAGAGUGUGGCGUUCAUUUGUAUUCCGCCUCCCACCUCCAGAUCAAUUACAAAAAUGACCGUUGGCUGCUAUUACAGAUUCUGGUCUUUUGGACCACUUACAUACUGAAUUGGUACAUCUAAGUACUAAGACUAAAAUGUUUUUUUUCUCCAAUCUUCUUUGCAAAAUAGCUCAAAUUCAGUCAGAUUGGGAGAAUACUGUGUGUGAACUGAAACUUCCAAGUCUUGCUUUAGGUCCCUGAUCUGAUGAGGCCACUCUGACACGCGCAUGCUUAAAGAUGUUGUUCUGAUGAAGGAUAAACUGAACCCAUCGACUCUGACCACCUUCCCCGGUCACACAGCAUGAUGCAGCCACCGCCGUGGUGUACCUUGUGGACGGUGUUAUCCAGGUUGAUGUGCAGCAUUAGUUUUUUUGGUUUCAUUUGAGCAGAGCACCUUCUUCCACGUGUGUGCUGUGGUCCCUACACUGCAAAAACGG